AUGUCGGAGCCAUCGCUGGACGCCGAAAAGAUCCGCAAUAAGAGACUGGCGAAGUUGCAACAGUCGCAACUCCCGCCCUCGCAAGAGUCCGCUGCCUCAGAACAAGAUGGCUCACAGCCCGACCGUCCUGGUCAAGAUGGCCCAGCCCAAACAAACUCAGCUACGAAUGGUUCAGAGUCGACGCCAUCAGUCCAGCCCGCGACUCCUCAAGAGAGUACUCCGGCGACGCCCCUGCGGAUAGAUUCGCCUAUCCCAUCAACCAGCAGCCUCUCUAAAGUCACUUCACAUUCAACCUGGGAUCAGACACAUCCUGAGUCGCCCGCACCCUCCGCCGAUAUCUCUUACGCCCCCUCUCCUGCGCCUUCGAUGCAAAUAACGAUCAACCCUGCCGCCGACGUCCAAAAGCGAGACUCCAUCAGCCUAGAGCGGCCGAGUUCUAGGCAAAGUGAAACCAUCGAACAGUGGGAGGAUCGCACAUUGAGAAGCAUCUUUCGUCUCAGUUUCGAUACUGGACAAACCAAAGACAUGCAUGGCCAGACUCUGUAUCCCAUAUCCCAAUUGAAGGAAGAGCUGGAGGCUGAAGAGAAACCCCUACUGUUGAACACCGACCUGCUCGAACAAGCCAUCAUGGAAGCUGGUGCAAACUUGGGCAAGAUCACUCCCCACGACUGGCUCUUUGGAUGCUGGAAGAGAAUCACCAGGUUGAGUAAGGCUAUCAAAGAUCGAUCGCCUGAAAACAGAAAGUGGACGAUAGUAUCGGAAGCAAGGAGACUGUGCAUGAACUGGUGUCUACUGUCCGUCACCAACCCAGACAUUUUUGGUGCGGAGUACGAUGGAGUCUCUGCACUCGCAGAUCACCUUCUUUUCGAUCCGGACGAGGAUCGAGGUGUUUGUCAUGAUUUCCUUUCGGAGAUUGUGACACGGUUUGAGGAGGACGACUCCGUCAGGGAGGUUUUCAUUGCAGCCGUGGAAACACUGAGUCGGCGACUCUCCAAGUUGACAAUGGACAGUGACUAUCGACGGUAUACUGCCAUGUUGCGACAUCUUAUCAGAUACAAACCUCUGGCCGUUGCGAUCACCAAAUCUCCGAUGUUCGUCGACAAGUCUGUUCCAGCAGCACAACUAGAAGUUGCCACCCUGCUUGGUCCUUACUUUCAGAUCUCACCCCUUCAAGCCGAAGUCACCAAACAAUACUUUACCGGGCCAAAGACGAUGGAUCCAGGUCGAAUUAGGAGCGCACAACAGUCUCUGCAGAUGGCUUUGCGCGCGCAUCAGACUGAACUAUUUGACAUCGUCAAUACCUUGGUCCGCGCAUCGCCCGAGUCGAGAGAGCGAGUCUUGGAUUGGUUCGCCCUCGUGGUGAAUUCGAACCACAAGCGAAGAGCCAUGCGAAUCGACAAGACGACAGUGUCAAGCGACGGGUUCAUGAUCAACGUCAAUACCUGCCUAGAUCAACUCUGCGAGCCUUUCAUCGAUGCCCAGUUUUCGAAAAUAGACCGUGUCGACAUCGACUAUCUGCGACGACAUCCCCGGGUCGACAUCAAAGACGAAACGAAGAUCAACUCGGACCAGGAGAGUUCAGACGCUUACUACAAGGAUCAACUUGAAGGAACAAAUAACUUCAUAUCAGAGUUGUUCUUCCUCACAGUCGCUGCUCAUCAUUAUGGCAGUGAGGCUGCCCGCAACAUGCUGAAGGACAUGGAUCGGGAACUCAAGCACAUGGCCAAGCAGAUCGAACAAUUCGAGACCGAGCGGCACAAAUAUAUCAACAAUCCAGCGCAGCUGCGGAUGUUCGAGAAUGCACUUAAGAAGUACAAGGAUCAACACGAUAAAGGGCUGUCCUACAAGUACGCUGUUCAAGGGGUUCUGCUUGACGAGCUUGCUCAGACUCGGUCAAUGCAAUUCAUGCGAUUUGUGACUGUCUGGUUACUGCGACAAGUGUCCCCACACCGCCAGUUUCCCAAGGAGGAACUCACCCUGCCACUCCCUGACGAACAGCCCGAGGCUUUCAAGAAUCUCCCGGAAUACUUCUUGGACGUUAUCAGCGGCAAUUUCGGGUUUAUCAUGUACAACAUGCCACAGGUCAUUUCGUCAACUCAGUCGGAUGAGCUGAUUAUGCUUUGCGUCACCUUCCUACGAAAUUCAGAAUACAUCAAGAAUCCCUACCUGAAAGCUUCUCUGGUCACGAUUCUGUUCCGGGGCACGUGGUCCUGGCGUCAAGGGGGCAGGGGAAUUCUGGCAGACCAAUACAACAGUUUGCCCUUUGCUGCGAAAUAUUUACUGCAUUCUUUGAUGAAGUUCUUCAUUGAAGCGGAGUUCAUGGGUGGCCACGGUCAAUUUUUCGACAAAUUCAACGUUCGGUUUGAGAUCUUCCAGAUCAUAAAGUGUAUUUGGCCGAACCCCGUUUACAGAGAAAACCUUCUCAACGAGGCCAAGGUCAACAUGGAGUUUUUCGUGCGAUUUGUGAAUCUGUUGUUGAACGAUGUGACAUUUGUUCUGGACGAGUCCUUCACCGCUUUCCACACGAUCUACGACCUGUCGAAAGAGCUCUCCCUGGCCGGGACCACAUUGAACGAACAACAACGACAGGAGAAAGAAGAGGCAUUGGAGGCGGCCAAGGGAAAGGCGAAGUCAUACAUGCAGUUGACGAACGAAACCGUCGACAAUCUGAAACUGUUCACCGAAACCCUGGGCGAUGCCUUCACCAUGCCCGAAAUCGUUCAACGACUGGCAGACAUGCUUGACUACAACUUGGAUGCGAUGGUCGGCACCAAGAGCUCGUCCCUCAAGGUUGGCAAUUUACAGGAGUACAACUUCAAUCCGAGAACACUCCUCAGCGAACUUGUCGAUGUCUACCUGAACCUCAGCGACCGAGAGAAUUUCAUCCUUGCCGUGGCUCGUGAUGGCAGGUCCUACAAACCGGACAACUUUGCUGCUGCGGGAAACAUCCUGCGUAAAUACGGCUUGAAGUCUCCAGAGGAGCUCGCCAAAUGGAGCCAGUUCAUGGAAAAGGUGGCCAAGGCUCGAGAAGAGGAUGAAGCUGCGGAUGCAGAUCUGGGCGAGAUUCCUGACGAGUUCCUCGAUCCCUUGAUGUACACACUCAUGGAAGAUCCGGUGCGGUUGCCUGUGAGCAAGAUCGUGAUCGAUCGCAGCACGAUCCGCAGCCACUUGUUGAGUGAUCCUCAUGACCCCUUUAAUCGGAUGCCUCUCAAGAUUGAAGAUGUGAUUCCUGCUACGGAUGUCAAAGAGGCAAUUGAAAAGUUCAAGGAAGAGAAGAUUGGCAACCGUCGUAAAGACUUUGUGGAAACCAUGAAGACGGAAGCCGGUGGCAAUGCGGAUGGUGAGCCCAUGGACACGUCUCAAGCCGGUGGCAAUGCAGAUGGUGAGCCCAUGGACACGUCUCAAGCCGGUGGCAAUGCGGAUAAUGAGCCCAUGGACACCUCUCCUUGA